AUGGCGUACAGUCAAGGAGGCGGCAAGAAGAAAGUCUGCUACUACUAUGAUGGUGAUAUUGGAAAUUAUUAUUACGGACAGGGUCAUCCCAUGAAACCUCAUAGGAUCCGCAUGACCCAUAACUUGCUGCUAAAUUAUGGCUUAUAUAGAAAAAUGGAAAUAUAUAGGCCCCAUAAAGCCACUGCUGAAGAAAUGACAAAAUACCACAGUGAUGAGUACAUCAAAUUUCUACGUUCAAUAAGACCAGAUAACAUGUCUGAGUAUAGUAAGCAGAUGCAGAGAUUUAAUGUUGGAGAGGACUGUCCAGUGUUUGAUGGACUUUUUGAGUUUUGUCAGCUCUCAACUGGUGGCUCAGUUGCUGGCGCUGUGAAGCUGAACCGACAGCAGACUGACAUGGCUGUCAACUGGGCUGGAGGGCUGCAUCACGCGAAGAAGUCGGAGGCGUCGGGGUUCUGUUACGUUAAUGAUAUUGUGCUUGCCAUCCUUGAGCUACUGAAGUAUCAUCAGAGAGUCUUAUAUAUUGAUAUUGAUAUCCAUCAUGGUGAUGGUGUUGAGGAGGCUUUUUAUACAACAGAUCGUGUAAUGACUGUAUCGUUCCAUAAAUAUGGGGAAUACUUUCCUGGAACAGGAGACUUACGGGAUAUUGGUGCAGGAAAAGGCAAAUACUAUGCUGUCAAUUUUCCAAUGAGAGAUGGUAUAGACGAUGAAUCAUAUGGCCAGAUAUUUAAGCCUAUUAUUUCAAAAGUGAUGGAGAUGUAUCAGCCUAGUGCUGUGGUGUUGCAGUGCGGUGCAGACUCACUGUCUGGCGAUAGACUCGGUUGCUUCAAUCUGACAGUUAAAGGUCAUGCUAAAUGUGUAGAAGUUGUAAAAACUUUCAAUUUACCAUUACUGAUGCUUGGGGGAGGUGGAUACACAAUCCGAAAUGUUGCUCGGUGUUGGACAUAUGAGACUGCAGUUGCUCUUGACUGUGAGAUUCCCAACGAAUUGCCAUAUAAUGAUUAUUUUGAGUAUUUUGGACCGGACUUCAAACUGCAUAUUAGUCCUUCAAACAUGACAAACCAGAACACUCCAGAAUAUAUGGAAAAGAUAAAACAGCGUUUAUUUGAAAAUUUACGCAUGUUGCCUCAUGCACCUGGUGUCCAGAUGCAAGCUAUUCCAGAAGAUGCAGUUCAUGAAGAUAGUGGAGAUGAAGAUGGAGAAGAUCCAGACAAGAGAAUUUCUAUUCGAGCAUCAGACAAACGAAUAGCUUGUGAUGAAGAGUUCUCAGAUUCUGAGGAUGAAGGAGAAGGUGGUCGUAGAAAUGUGGCUGAUCAUAAGAAAGGAGCAAAAAAAGCUAGAAUCGAAGAAGACAAGAAGGAAACGGAGGACAAAAAAGCAGAUGUUAAGGAGGAAGAUAAAUCCAAGGAUAAUAGUGGUGAAAAAACAGAUACCAAAGGAGCCAAAUCAGAACAGCUCAGCAAUCCUUGA